CUGACCCUUUUUGAGUGAUGGAUUUCUCUGAGGAUUUGUUUGAGGGUAUUGUAAUGUGCGAGGAGAGGUUCCAUGGCAGGGGAUACGAGGAAGGAUUUGCUGAAGGAAACUCUGUUGGGGAGUCUGAAGGCAAGCAGUAUGGUGCAAACUACGGUGCAAGGGCAGGAUCAGAGCUUGGUUGUUACUUGGGUUUUGCAUCUACGUGGAGACAUCUUCUUUUAUGUGACGUGGAUUCCAGACACAGUAAGAAAAUAAAGACACUGGAUUCGUUAAUAAGCAUGAUCCAAAAUAUCUCUUAUGAUGACCCUACUAAUGACAAAUUGCAGGAAGAGAUUGCUAGGAUCCAGGGGAAAGUGAAACAGGUUUGCUCCAUGUUAUCCGUACAACCUGACUUUAAAAUGACUAACGACGUGGCAGGACUUUCAUUCUAAGCUUGAAAUGGCUUGUAUGAGAUCUCCAAGUGCCGAGUGUGUCUCCUUCCACCAGGCUGAGCAUGCCACGUUUCUCCGGUUUGGUUUACAGUGGAGUUGUUGGAGGAGGUGGUGUUGACAGUAACAGAAACUAGAAACAACUAAUUAUGGAAUGCACUCUUCAUAGCACAUUUUGUAGAACGGGGCAGUGUACAGGCAGGUUAACUGUAUACAGCUAUGGGUUUGUAAUGUCCACAAAUAGAGUUAAUUCUGUCCUCUUUCCUAGUGCCUAUAAAAUACUAUCUAUAACAAGAAUAAGAGACAGACUAUGGGUCACUGCUGGAGACAAGGUAACCGGUA